UGCGGAGUUGUUUACCAAAACAAAAUUGAAACAAAACCGACGCACCCAGCACGGACGCCAUCGCCGUGGUCGGAGGGCGCGGGCCCACACCCCAAGAUGCACUCGUACCGGGCGAACGUGAAUCGCAAACACUGUGCGUACUUCCGGUGCAACAACAACUCGGUGUCCACUCCCGGGAUCACGUUCUUCGGCUUCCCGAAACCGUUCGACCGCUGCGAGACGUGGAUGAAGUUUGCGGGCGUGCCGCACGAGCUGCUCGAGAACAAGCGGUACCGGUACCUGUGCGAGCGCCACUUUGCCGACAUCUAUCUGUGCCGCAGCCAGCGACGGACGCUGCUGCUGGGCAAUGCGGUGCCCUACCCGUUCGACCAGUCGAUCGUGACGGAUUGCGACGCGUCCGAGGGAACGGUCGAAGUGUACGAGAUGGAGUCGGACGGGACGCUCGCGAAAGUGCCUUCGCGGCCGCUUGACGACAACGAGGGCGCCGAGUCGACGGACAUGGAGCAGACCAGUGAGACGGACACGGAAGCGUUAGGCUCCCCCACGGUGACCGUCGUUCGCUCCAGCACUUCCGAGGAGCUGCAGGAGGUGGAUACCGUGCCGGAUGCGAAGAAAGUCCCCCAGAAGGAAGAACCGAAACCGGAAGCUGUUUCGUCGGCCGGCGGCAGUCUCAAGCAGAAGCUGGUCGCCUCGAAGAUAGCGGAGAUGAAGGUGAAGGUGCGGAACGCCGCUGCUGCCGGUGCGAUCACACCCAACCGGGAGGCCGCCGGCAAGACGGUGGUGCUGAACGGCAAAACGAUACGCCUGGUGCCGAUCCAAUUCCGCAACAUCAUGCACAAACAGUCGGAAACGGACCCGGAGGUGACGAUCGUCGACAACGACCACGCGGACGGGUACAAGCCGGAAGAUGCUGCCGGCGAGGCGCCGAACGCCCCCAAGAAUGUGAAAUCUCCGGUGUCGUCAUCCACGAACUCGCACGACGAACCCGUUGAAGGGCGGGAAGAUGAGCCGGCGGAGAGCAGCGCCGGGGCCCAGCAGCCGACGGAGCGGGACGACAAAAUCAGCGAAUUCAUCUUCAAAGGCGAAGAGUACGUGCAGAUGCCGAAGGCGCACUUCGUCGGCAAGCUCAGCAAGCUCGAGCAGCGGGUGGCGCACUACGAAAGCGUCAUCAGGAACAUGCGCUCCAUACUCGACCGCGCCAGUCCCUUCGGUUCAACGGACGGUUGAGGGAGAGUAGGGGGGGGGGGGAUGAACUACGCCUAAUUUUUACCGUAACACGUACUUGCGAGUACUUAUGAAUAUUUUAAGAAUUUAUCGAUACACGCUGCACGCGCAGAUAUGAUGAAAAACGGUCUGAGAAUUUAAAAAAAAUGUGAAUUUCU